UUUCCAACGUGCUGCCCGAUUGGGUGACGAACGUGCGAUCGAACUUUUUAUUGGGCAUAAGCCCAGGCAUUGGGGAAGUGCGGCGAACGGUCGUUCAAGCGUUCAAACCUAAUCCGAGCUUUAGUGCAACUGCGGGCUAGCUCGUGUUGUUGGUGUGUGGGAAGUCUUUGGUGCAGCAUCACAGGGGGUCCUACCUACGAGACACACACGGCUCAGCGCAAACGACAUUGCACUCGGAUUGUGCAACGUGAGAACGUGCCCAGCCUCUCACAUCGUUCUACUGUCGACACCGUAUUGGCGGGCCGUUAGAGGCAGUGAAAAUCGAGCCCAUUCGACGUUUUGUCGUUGGAAAACUCCGGAAAAACUUGAGCUGCGGCUCUAGAAAAGAAUCAACGAUACUCAUAUCGCAGCAACCAUGCAGGGCACGCGCCGAUUGCAAAAAGAAUUGACAGAUCUCCAACAGUCUCCCAUGAAAGUGUUCCGAGACAUCCAAGUUGACGAGUCGAACAUUCUUCUGUGGCAAGGGCUCAUCGUUCCUGAGAAUCCCCCGUACAACAAAGGUGCAUUCCGCGUAGAAAUAUCUUUCCCCCCGGAAUAUCCCUUCAAGCCCCCGAAGAUCCUCUUCCGUACGAAGAUCUAUCAUCCGAAUGUCGAUGAACAGGGACGAGUCUGUCUGAGCAUGAUCCUCCCUGAUAAUUGGAAACCAGCGACGCGAACAGAGCAGGUGAUCCACGCCCUCGUCACGCUCGUGAAUGAGCCAGAGCCGGAUCAUCCUUUGCGGAAUGAUUUGGCGGAGGAAUAUUUGCGUGACCGAAAGCGAUUCAUGAAGAACGCCGAAGACUUCACGAAGCGGCACGCGGAAAAACGUCCAAUCGAUUGAACCCCGUCGUUAUGCUCACGCUUCACUCGGAGACUAUUAUAUGAUGAUCUGCUGCUAAGCCAACGACUCAUGACCGAGUCUCCCCCGUGAGCACUAUGAGCAUCAGUGAAGAGCGAUUCUCGGAGUAUAUCAUGGAGACGUCGGAGGGGAGCGUAUGGGGCGUCCGACUCGAUCGAGGGGAGGAACUGUAUACGUUCCCAUGGUGAUUCGCGUCAAUCAGUUAUCGAUGAGGACCGAGCGUGGUUUUGUGCCCUCGAUUUCCGCUAUUGGAAAGCUGAUAUUUUUAUUGGACCUAUUUUUAUUAGACAGUUUCGUCUCCAGCGACUUGCUGGAUGCUCGACGGACAAUCAAGUGAUUCCUCUUCUCACCAAAAGAAAACAUCCCGAGUAAAAAGUGAGCCGGAACGAAAAGAAAAAUCUCUCCCUCUGCGUCUUGUAGGAAUGGGGUCUCCCGAAUAUCGAUCACACGUGUUGAUUUGCGACACCUGAUCAUCCUUUCCUUCUGAGCUUCACGGAUAAGGUUUCAUUGCGACGAGGAAACACUUGGGGUUUCGGAGGAUCUAUAGAGGCUCACGACGGUCGAGGAGAAGGCAGAUCGAGUUGAGCAGACGGCCGUCAAAUCUCAGAUGAGGUGCUGCAUGUCUACUUUAAAGUGGCAGUCUGAGAGUUGUAUCGAAAGUGCGCUUCGAAUCGACAAGAAGAAAAACACUUACUCGCUCGUGGGGUCUUAGGAGAGACGGAAUGAACGCACAUGAGGCUGAUCUACGCUUUCAGAUCGGUAGACUUGUUAGUAGAUCGAACACUUGCACGCGAACGAGAGAGAGCGGGGGAAGAACUUCGAAGAGGUCGUUGAACGUAUCCGAUACGGUAGACAUGGGUCAAGCGCUGUGCCUCGGCUCACGUCAGGGGGGAGAUGGAUGAUUAGGAGAUGAGAAAAUAAAUCAUGAAUCGAGAUAGCUCCACGAGCGAGAUUUCGUUCCGUCGAGCAUGCGCAUGAGGGUAUUUUCGGAGUCCCGGCGUUCGUGCAUCUAGUUUCUGAAUCUUUUCUGACCCAUGGACAGACUAUUUGCAGCUGAUGAAGGAUCAUUGUCCCGGAGUGUGAUGA